AUGACUCAAGACACAGAAACAAGACCUUUAAACAUUCUUAUUGUUGGAGCAGGCAUUGGUGGUUUAACCGCUGCGCUUGGUCUCCGCCAACAAGGGCAUAAAGUAACACUAUUCGAGAGAUCACAACUGGCAAAAGAAGUCGGUGCUGCCAUUCACUUAGCUCCCAAUUGUCAUGGAAUCUUGAAGCGAUUUGGUGUUUUCCCUGAGAGCUUUGGUGCAAAUCGCGUUGAAGGCGUCACUGAGUACACGGGUGAUGGACACCUGAAGUUUGAUCAGAAUCUCAAAGGACCACUUUCAGUUUGGGAGCACCCAUGGGUCCUGGCGCAUCGUGUCAGUCUUCAUGAGAACCUCAAGAACCAAGCGACUUCCAGUGACGGCCCCGGAACACCAGCUAUUCUCAAGACCUCCAGCCCAGUUGUUGACGUAGAUCCCGUCACGGCGACAGUCAAGUUCGAGGAUGGAACUACAGUAUCGGGAGACUUGGUCCUUGGAGCCGAUGGUGUUAGCUCAAUAACGCGAUCCAUCGUUACCGGCUCAGAUAUCAAGCCUUAUGGCUCCGGAAAGAGCGCAUUCCGCUUUAUGAUUCCCCAUUCAGAUAUCCUCAAGAACGAAACAACCAAGCCUUUCGCUGAACGCACUGGCACAAUGACCAUGUGGAUGGGCGAUGAUCGCAGAUUGGUCAUGUAUCCUUGCUCUAACAACACUGUCAUGAAUUUUGUCGCCAUUCAUCCUAGCAGUAUCACUUCGGGAGCAAACAAGGGAUCUGGCUGGGGCCAUGGUGGUAGCAAGGACCUCCUUCUUGAAGUUUACAAGGACUUUGAGCCAAGAGUCCUCGCUCUUCUGGAUCUGGUGGAUGUCAGCGAAUUAAAGCUUUGGACUCUGUUGGACAUGGACCGUAUUUCAACAUGGCACAGAGAUCGUCUUGUCUUUCUUGGAGACGCUGCUCAUCCAUUCUUGCCUCAUCAAGGACAAGGAGGUGGUAUCGCCAUCGAAGACGCCGCAUCACUGGUCGCACUGUUCCCAGCCGGCACAACAGCCAAUGAUAUCCCCAGCCGUCUAGCUCUGUAUGAGAAGAUUAGAGACGAGAGAGCUCACACAGUGCAGACUUUUACCAGACAAGCUGGCGAGGAUCUCAAUGAGGAAAAGCGAGCUCAGUUCAACAUCUUCAAGUUCCUCAACUACAACUUCGGCCAUGAUGAAUGGCACAAUACCAAGAAGGCUCUUAGAGAUCAGCUUUGGUCUGAAAACAAGAACCUACACUGGAAAUCACCGGUUUCUUUCGGCCCCAUGCCAAGUCCGCGACAAGAUUACCAUGGACAACGAUACAAUGGCAAUGACUCUUCAUUCACCACGUGGUCCGUCCGUUUCAAGUCCUCGGCUCCAUACCUGAAGACCCUAUUCCCCACGGACCGUUUCAGCUUCUAUAAGCCCGGCACCGUCGCUGAAGCUACAUAUUCCUGUACAGAACUGAAGGAUAUGAAGUGGCUCGGUGGCGGUGGCUACAAGUUCUUCGGUCUUUGGAUCCAUGGCGUACAGUAUGAGAAGAAAGACGGCAGCAAGAUUUACGGAUCUUUCCUUGCCGUGCUGCUGGAGAACUUGGCUGAUCCUAUCGUCACUGGCCGUGAGGAGUUGGGUAUGCCCAAGCUUUUCUGCGAUAUUGAUGUCGUGGAGAAGGGAGCAAAUACUAGUAUUCGCUGCAGUUGGCGAGGAGCAGAGUUCGUCAAUAUCACGCUCAAGAGUCUAGGCGAGGCUGUCAACGGGCACGCAAACGGUGUGAACGGCACAAACGGCCAUCCUCCUCCUACUGGUCCCCCAGGAGCCCCUCCUCUGCCAGAGGAGCAAGGACUUUUGGUAUACCGAUAUGUUCCUGCUGUCGGUAAACCUGGUGUUGCCGAUGCCGAGUACCCUGUGUUUAUUGAGGAUGGGUUGGAGACGACGAAGCGACAGGUUGAGAAGACAUUGGUUGGAAGUGGCGGGGAUUUGGAUCUUACGGCGGGUACAUGGGAUACUCUGCCUACGUUGAACCAUAUUGCGACUGGGUUCUCCCAGAUUCCUGUGUAUGGUGUUGUUAAGAGUAAGGUUGAGUAUGGAAGGGGUGUGGAUGAUAUUUCUCAUGCUCGUAGAAUUGAAUAGCGAUUUUAAGUUUUGUAUAUAUAUUUGAUUAGUAUUUUAUAGCAAG